AUGAGAAAGUCGUUGAUUGAUAAAUAUGGAAAACUAGAAUUACCAAUUGUACAACACGACGACGCAUACUUGAGUAUCAAUAUACCCCAUUUCCAAAACAUAAUAGUGAAUAAUAUAUUGGCCCGUAAACUUACGGAAGAAUUAGACUCGAAAAUCAACAAGUCGUGGAUUACUUUGUCUCCUUCACUCAUUAGUAGUAAUGAGACUAUUAACAAGUUAGAAGUCGAUUCGAAUGUUCAGACACCGAAUAUAUAUUCAGCUAUUCCAAGUUUAAAGCCACCACAUUUCAUUACAGGCAUAGGGGCAUCUUUGAACUCACAAAUAUCCUCUAUGGAGAAACCUAGGUUGAUGUCAUUGGUGUUGAGAUCUGAAGGACAAUUGGGUUUUGAAAAAAUUGAUACUGAUGCGUUUAUUGAUGCAUGCUUUGUCUUGAAUGAACUCUUGGUUAACACGUCAGACAAAGAAAAUUAUUUGAAACAAAUAAGCUUAGCCGUAAGAAAGAUAAUGGUAGUUCCAAUUCUGGUAUGUAUAUAUAGUACGAGUAUGUAA